CUCUUUGUUUUUCCUCUUAAGAAUUAAUUGCCCUCGCUGCUGCCUUCCACUCGUUUCUACAAUUCGAAAAUUCGGCAUUUUUUUCAAUUAAAUCCCAUAUUCUUCUCGGAUUCUAGCUUCUUUACCGAAUUUAGAUAUUAAAAAAGCCGCCCUGGUUUCAGAUUUUGUACUAAUCCAUUUUUUCGCUCUCCAAUCUAAGGAUUUCUGAAUAAUGUUCCCAAUAGAACUUUUUUGGGCAUUCUGUCGAACGCCUUAUGGAACUGGAUUUGAUUGGAAUAUUAUUUACUUUUAUUUUUAAAGAAAUUUUCUACAUAAUGGCUUCCAGAUUAUCUGUUUUGAGAAAUUAGGAUUUUGCUACGAAUUGGUGUUGGUGUCAUCAUGGAUGAUGUUAAGCAGAAAUCAAGGAAGGAAGGUUCAGAGAAGGAGUCACUGAAGAGGAGUCACCGUGACAGAGAGGAUAGGGACCGUGACAAAGAGAGGAAUGGGGAGAGGUCCAAGGACAGGGUCAGGGACCUCCACCGUUCAUCUUCUGAUAGAAAGGAAAAAAAGGAGCGGGAGAGCCGUCACUCUGAGAGGGAGAGGAGUAGUGAUGACAAAUAUAGGGAUAGGGAUAGGGACAGGGAGAGACACAAGGAUCGGCACAAAGAGAAGGACAGGGAAAAGGAGAGGACUACUGGUCGGGAUGCUGAAAGAGCUAGAGACAAGGGUAGAGACAAGGAAGACAGAGAAGUUGACAGGGAGAAGGAAGAAAAGGAGCGAGAGAGAGCAAAGGAAAGGGAGCGAGAAAGGGCAAAGGAGAGGGAGAGAGAGCGUGAAGAAAGAGAGAGGGAGAGAGAAAGAGAUAGGGAAAGGGAGAGGGAGAGGGAGAGAAGGGAGAGGGAUCGAGAAAGAGAGAAGGAUAGGAAGGAGAGAGAGAGGGAGAAGGAGAGGGAGAGAAUCAGAGAAAAGGAGAAGCGUCGUGAAGCAGAUAGGGAUUAUAGUAGUGAUGAAAAUGGUGUCAGGGACCGUGACAGAAAGAGGCGGAGAAGAGAUGAUGACCAUAAGGACAGGGAUCGUGAACAGAGUAGCAAAAGCAGCAAGCACAGGGAUGAGGUUGAAGUUAGUAGUCCCCAGAAAAUGGAGGAGGAAGACUUUGUGGAUAAGAAAGAGAACACACGAGAAGAAGAUCUUGCUGAAGAACAGAGGAAAUUGGAUGAGGAGAUGGAAAAGCGGAGGAGGAGAGUUCAGGAAUGGCAAGAAUUAAGAAGAAAAAGGGAGGAAUCUGAGAGAGAAGUACUGGGAGUUGCAGCUAAUGUAGAAGAACCCAAGUCUGGCAAGGCUUGGACCCUGGAAGGGGAAUCUGAUGAUGAAGAAGCUCCAUCUGAGGGAAAAGAAGAUGCUGAUAUGAGUGUGGAUGGAGGUGGCAAGACCAUGGAUGGGGAUGGAGGUAGCAUGGCUGUUGAUUCUGAGAAUGAGCAUGUCAUAUCUGCAGCUGAGAAUGGUGUUGGAGGUAGCAUGGAUGAUGAAGAGAUUGAUCCCUUGGAUGCUUUUAUGAACUCUAUGGUCUUGCCUGAAGUUGAGAGGCUUCAUUCUGAGCCUCCUGCAUCUGAAGACAUGGAUACCGGUUUGAAGGAGAAAAAUGGCAGAGGCAACGGAGAACAGCCUAACAAAGGUGUGAAUAAGUCUAUGGGAAGGAUCAUUUCAGGCGAAGAUUCUGAUUCAGAUUACGGCGUUAUUGAAAAUGAGGAGGAUCCCCUGGAGGAUGAAGAUGAUGCAGAAUUCAUGAAAAGGGUAAAGAAAACUAAAGCAGAGAAACUUGGAGUUGUCGAUCAUUCUAAAAUUAACUAUGCUUCAUUUCGAAAGAACUUCUAUAUUGAGGUGAAGGAGAUUGCAAAAAUGACUUUUGAGGAAGUAGCUACUUACAGGAAAGAGCUGGAAUUGAAGAUACACGGAAAGGAUGUUCCCAAGCCUGUUAAAACCUGGCAUCAGACUGGGUUAGGAAAUAAAAUCUUGGAAACAAUAAAAAAGCUGAACUAUGAAAAGCCCAUGCCUAUUCAGGCUCAAGCACUGCCCAUCAUUAUGAGUGGCAGAGACUGCAUCGGCAUAGCGAAGACGGGAUCUGGCAAAACUUUAGCAUUUGUGCUGCCAAUGUUGAGGCAUAUUAAGGAUCAGCCUCCACUGAAUUCAGGAGAUGGGCCUAUUGGACUCGUAUUGGCACCAACCAGAGAGCUUGUCCAACAAAUUCAUAGUGACAUCAAGAAGUUUUCUAAGGGAUUGGGGCUCAGUUGUGUACCUGUUUAUGGUGGUUCUGGUGUUGCCCAACAGAUUAGCCAAUUGAAACGAGGGGCAGAGAUUGUUGUUUGCACUCCAGGUAGGAUGAUUGACAUUCUUUGUACAAGUGCCGGUAAAAUAACGAAUCUGCGUCGGGUCACUUAUUUGGUCAUGGAUGAAGCUGACAGGAUGUUUGAUAUGGGCUUUGAACCUCAAAUUUCAAAGAUCGUCCAAAAUACACGACCAGAUCGACAAACAGUACUUUUUUCUGCUACUUUUCCCCGCCAAGUGGAAAUACUGGCUCGUAAAGUAUUGAACAAACCUGUUGAAAUCCAGGUCGGUGGGAGAAGUGUUGUCAACAAAGAUAUAGCUCAACUGGUGGAGGUGAGACCUGAAAGUGAUAGGUUCCUUCGACUUCUAGAAAUUCUAGGUGAAUGGUAUGAGAAAGGAAAGAUUUUGAUUUUUGUCCACUCACAGGAGAAAUGUGAUGCAUUGUUUAGAGACUUGCUCAAGCAUGGUUACCCUUGCUUAUCUCUUCAUGGGGCAAAGGAUCAAACAGAUCGUGAAUCCACCAUAGCAGAUUUCAAGAGUAAUGUAUGCAACUUGUUGAUUGCAACAAGUGUUGCUGCUAGGGGUUUAGAUGUAAAGGAGCUUGAACUGGUGAUUAAUUUUGAUGUUCCAAACCAUUAUGAGGAUUAUGUUCAUCGUGUUGGGCGAACUGGUCGAGCUGGUCGAAAAGGCUGUGCUAUAACAUUUAUAUCAGAAGACGAUGCAAGAUAUGCACCAGAUCUUGUCAAAGCUUUGGAACUUUCUGAGCAAGUUGUACCUGAUGAUUUGAAAGCUCUUGCUGAUGGUUUCAUGGCAAAGGUGAAUCAGGGACUUGAGCAAGCCCAUGGAACAGGUUAUGGGGGUAGUGGAUUUAAGUUUAAUGAAGAGGAAGAUGAAGUCAGGAAAGCUGCCAAGAAAGCACAGGCAAAAGAAUACGGGUUUGAUGAAGAUAAAUCUGAUUCAGAUGAUGAAGAAGGUGUUCGAAAGGCAGGUGGUGACAUCUCUCAGCAAGCUGUCCUCGCCCAAGCUGCUGCCCUUGCUGCUGCGACUAAGACAAGUGUGCCAACACCGAUCCCAACUUCCCAGAUUGGUGGAUUACCUGUUUCUCUUCCUAGCAUCCUCGCAAACAUUCCAUCUGUUACUUCAGUAGUCCCUGGGAGUGGGCCCAAUGAUGGUGCAGCCAGGGCCGCAGCACUGGCUGCUGCUAUGAACUUGAAGCAUACCUUUGCAAAGAUUCAAGCUGAUGCCAUGCCUGAACAUUAUGAAGCUGAGCUGGAGAUAAAUGACUUCCCCCAAAAUGCUCGUUGGAAGGUGACACACAAGGAAACUUUGUCCCCAAUUUCUGAUUGGACUGGAGCUGCCAUCACAACUAGGGGGCAAUUCUUCCCGCCUGGCAAGACACCAGGUCCAGGCGAAAGGAAACUGUUUCUUUUCAUUGAAGGCCCUACUGAGCAAUCUGUCAAAAGGGCAAAAGCUGAACUGAAACAUGUCUUGGAGGAGAUCACAAUGCAAGCAUCUUCCCUUCCUGGUUCAGCCCAACCAGGAAAAUACUCGGUUGUCUGAUGAAGUUAGUCUCGGGAUGCUGAAUUUUUUUCUUAUCUGUCCACAGUUAUGGGUGCAAAAUAUUUCUUUGGCUGCAUAAUUGAUCUAAUAUGUGAAACACUUCUUAAUUUUUUUAUGGGGUAUAUUUGUUGUUUAAUCAUUUGCUUUCAGACAUUUCUUAUAAGACCUCACAAUGUGUUGUUUCCGUUCUUAUUUGUGGAAGGAAAAUGCAGGUUAAAGGGGGUAGAAUCAGAAAUUUGACUUGCACUUAUAACAAUGUUCUGCAUUUUAUUGUUAAAUGAGCUUGCACUUAAAAUCUUGGUUCUGUCAAUUAUACAAUUGCUUUAUUUAUUGACAUUCAAAAAUUAUUCGUGAUCCUUCUGUUGGUUUCACUUUAUGCUGGCACAGCAAGGAAAGAUUAAGAAUUAUCAACAGGUAAAUGGUGUUACGCUAUUAAUUUGGGAAGCUGCAAGGAUCAAGAUUGGGAUGAUCUGGGAUCAUGACAAAUGUGCAAGAUGGCAGUUAAAAUUAAGUGACAGUUGAAGAUUCUAUGAGCCUUUUAGGUCUGUAUAUGGAGCAAUCAGUUUGUGCACAGCCUUUCUAUUUAUAAGUUUGAAUUUUACAUCUCUUUUUCAAAUUUAGUUUUAUGCCAAAUUUACUGCUUCUUCAGUUAUCUUCUUCUUCUUCGUCUUCUUUUUUAACUUUUCGGUUAACUUCUGUCUUUUCAUUAACUUUGUGUUGACUUUCUUGAAUUCUUGACUCUUGUGCAGGCUUAAGGUUGUACAUUACCAAUGCUUUUGUUAUGAUUGUGUUUAAAGUUAUGCUGUGAAGGAAUCUUUUUACCAAAUUUCGGCAACCGCAUCAAUUUGUCUAUUCUUCUUUUGUGACAUGGAUAUUAAUUUAUUCCUCUCUGCUAACAUUUUCAAUUAUUUGAAACAGGAACCUCUAUUGCAAGUGGAACUUUUUCCCCUCUCACGUAUAGCCAAGCCUUUGCUUGUAGUGUAAUAGGAAAAAGAUAUGAGCAUUGCUGCUGAAUGAUAAUUGGAAACGUUUUCAAGCUUUGAUGAUGGGAGAAUAUGCUUGUUGUUGUUGAAAAGGAAUAUAUCUCCAUAUUUUGACUUCUAUUUUGUAGCUAUAUGGUUUUCAGCAAUAGGAGGAGCUUUGUUUGAAUAAAUUCUUGAUUUCUAGGCUUUCAAUCUUGAGAGCUUUUUGAGAGUGAUAGACGUGUUGGUGAAUCAUAGACUUUUAUGACAAGAGUAGCAAUUUCAUGAGGAGUUAUUGAUUAAAGCUUGGCUAGAGUCAAUUCGAGGAAAGACUAGGCUGGCAACUUGAUGCUAAGUUUUAUGCAGCCAGAUCAAAAAGUGGAGUCCUUUUCUAACAUUUUAUUGUUGUUUUGUAGUAGCACUUUUCGUCUUGAUAGUUCUAUGAUCUUUAACACUCUGUCAUUUUUUCCCUUUUUUCUUGUACAGUUUGUGACUUCUACAUCACAUGAUUAUUAGUCUCGUUGACUAGAAGAAAUGCAUUUUACACAGGUACUUUGUGUCAACGUAUAACAACCUAUGAUUUGAACGUCUUGUUAUUUCUUGGAGAUGCAAGUAUGCGAGACAACUUCGGAAAAGAAGCAAAAGGAGGGUAUUUGUAGAGUGUAGUGAUGAAUAAUCUAGGAUUCUUUAUGGAAUAUUUGUGAUAAGUUGAAAAGGAGAAGGCCUAAAUAAAAUUGGUAUUCAAGGUAGUGUUCUCUUGAUGUUUAUUGGAGUAAGGAGAAAUUUGGUGAUGAAUGACCUCUGAUUCUUAAUUGGACAAUUGUUUUUGUGACAAGCUGAAAAGGACAAAGGGCUUAAUAGAAUUGGAAUUCAAGGGAGUGGAGUGGUCUCUUGAUGUUUCUUGGUGAAAUUGGUCUCUGUUGCUACUAUUUAUGGAUGACCAACAAAUAACCUUUUCUCCAUUGUGCCAUGAUUUUCUGACAUGUAUCUGAAUUUUUCUUUAUGUAGCUAUCUGUUUUGAUCAAUAUGAGCUGUGAUCUAUGAUCAAGAGAUUCUUUAGGUAUUUUGUAUAUUGUAUUUGCUGAUGUUCGUCUUGUCAGCUGGUUGAACAAUAUUGCUAAGGGUAAAUAGUUUUGCAUCCGGACAAAGCAAAGGGAAGUGCUGGGCGAGAAGGUGGAGCUAAGUGCAGAUUAUCGGGUUAGGAUGGCUCAAUAGGCACCAAGGGAGCUGAUUCAUUCAGAAAAGCACUAGGAGGUUUGAAGGAUGGCUCAGUAGGACGUCAAGGAGCUGAUUCAGUCAGAAAAGCACAAGAAGCUUAGAAGGGCUUAGAUUUACCAAAAAAAAAAAAAAAUUGCUGCCUCUAAAAAUCAAUGAUUAGGGUUGCUGGAGGCAAAAGGAAUUUACAGAUUGCUGUUAUUCAUUCAUUUGUGCUUUGUUUAUUUACUCGCACUAAGAAAUUACUGCUUUUUAAAUAGUUUUACUGAUGAA